UGCCUGAAUUAGGGUGUGUGACUUUUGGUGCCUGAAAGUGAGAGAGAAAGAGCAGAAGAUGAGUGUGGACACACCCUGCAGUGUUCCUGUGAGAUAAACCACUAUGACAGUCAAAGAGGUUUCAAACUGACAACUUUAUAUCUUCAUUCUUCAAAGUUAGGACACAGACAUGAAGAUUUCUGCUGAAUUUCAUUCUUCUUUGCGACAAUCUCUGACCACCUGCUCAAAAGAGAUGAGAAAGUAAGAGGAACCAGCACACAAAGUGAGACAGGAAGGAAAGGGAAGUAACCUGAGCUUCUGAGUUCACCCUUGUCCAAGACACUUGGAGGAACACAGAAAAGGGAGGAGUGUUUGCAAGAGCACUGCAGACCCAUCUCUCAGCUGAACCUGGACUAAAACAGAAAGGAAGAUCAGCAGAGUACCUUUGAUAAUUGAUUGACCAGGAUACAAAAUACCUGACCCAAGGAUACUGGAAAAGGAAAAAGAGAAGAUGCAAAAAUACAUGUAUGCCUAAUGCCACCAUUAAUUACUGUAUAUGCAUUGCUCAGUAAAUCUUUAACAACAUUUAGCAGAAACAUUUGUAAUAUAAGGAGCCAAUUCUAAAUAUUUCACAAACCAUUUUUUUACUUACUCUGAACUCAAACUAAAAUUAAAGUGAAAUGAAAAGAAGAUGAUUUAAAAUCAUACAACUUUCCCUUUAAAGUCAGCAGAAGAGAUCUUCUAAACCCUUCUAGAACCAGCAUCAUCUUUGGACCUGCCUUAUAAACUGUGCUAAAAUCACCAAGAUGGUGGUGCGUGGACUUAUGUUACAUGCUUUGCUGCUCUCCCUCUCCUUCUUCCCAAUCUUUACCCAGAAUUCUUCGGCACCUGUCAAUUCAUUGGCAUCAGCCACUGAUAAUCCAGGUGAUCCUCAAACAAAAAAUGUCACUGAACCUUAUUUUGAAUCCACCACUGAUAAUCCAGGUGAUCCUGAAACAACACGUAUCACUGAACCUUAUUUAGAAUCCACCACAGAUAAUGCAGGUGAUCCUGAAACAACACGUAUCACUGAACCUUAUUUUGAAUCCACCACUGAUAAUCCAGGUGAUCCUGAAACAACACGUAUCACUGAACCUUAUUUUGAAUCCACCACAGAUAAUGCAGGUGAUCCUGAAGCAACACGUAUCACUGAACCUUACUUUGAACUCACCACUGAUAAUCCAGGUGAUCCUGAAACAACAAGUGUCACUGAACCUUACUUUGAACUCACCACUGAUAAUCCAGGUGAUCCUGAAACAACAAGUGUCACUGAACCUUACUUUGAACUCACCACUGAUAAUGCAGGUGAUCCUGAAACAACACGUAUCACCGAACCUUAUUUAGAAUCCACCACAGAUAAUGUAGGUGAUCCUGAAACAACACGUAUCACUGAACCUUAUUUAGAAUCCACCACAGAUAAUGCAGGUGAUCCUGAAACAACACGUAUCACUGAACCUUAUUUAGAAUCCACCACAGAUAAUCCUGGUGACCCUGAAACAACUCGUAUCGCCAUAUCUUAUUGGAAAACUACCGCUGGUUCUGCACAUGCUUCUGAAGAUACGAGUAGCCGUGGACAGAAAAGCCUCACCACACCCAAAAUGGCUAAUGCUAAUGCUAAUGCUAAUGCUCGUAGAAAUGAAGUACUCCUCCCCGUGGUGGUGGUGGCUGUGAUGGCCUGUUUCAUCGUGGUCAUUGGCCUACUUCUCUUGGCCUGGAAAUCCAAGAGGAGGGGAAGCAGGGAGGAGGAGGCCUGGGCAGGGCCAGUGAAGCUGGGGGAGCGGGCGGGGGGGGGCCAGGGAGCCGAGGAGGUGGCGGUGGAGGGAGGCGGGGGCGGGGGGGACGAGGGAGGGGCAUUGCUGGGCACGUUCAAGGUGCCGCCGGAGAACGGAGUGGGAAGUCCAGGGACGAAGGAAGCGAGGAAGUGGGAGACGGAGCGUCCUCUGCUGUACAUAGACGAGGAUGACGCGGAUCCUUCAGUCUUCCUCUACCCCGCCAUCUCUCCCUCGGGCCCAUCGUGGGACACCUCGGAGCAGCCGGAUAUCUACCUGACCACCGCAGUGUAGCGCAAAACACCCAUGGAUCGACCUAUCGACCCGUUGUCAGAGGUUUCAAUUAGCAAUAUGCAGAACCGUAGCUUGUGCCGAUUCUUUGACCGCAUUUGGGGAAGGGUGGGUUGGGGGUGAGGUGUGCAGGGAACCAUUGGCGGAACAUUCCAAUGAAGAGUCCAGUAUUCUUCUUAAUGUACUUGUUUUAAUCUGCUUGCCAUUAAAAAAAAAACAUUUGGCCAUUAUAUUUGGCAAUUAAGUUUUCAAUAUAUCUAAAUGU